CGUGUUUGCUAUCACGUGCGAUAACACUGAAAGUGAAAGUAGGUCUUGAGGAUGGCCGAUGAUUGACCCAUUUGGGUAUUUUGAGUUAUUUUUAGCUGGUGACCUAGUUUUGUGCAAAAAAGAGAUCAGUUAAGGGAUAUUACUGGGCAGAAAAUGUCUGAAAAUAUGGUUACACACAGAGGAGGUUGCCACUGCGGAGCCAUCAGGUUUGAGGUUCAAGCACCUAGCAAGCUUCAUGUUUAUGAAUGCAAUUGCAGCAUUUGCAGGAUGAAGCAAAACAACCACUUUAUAGUGCCUCAGUCAAGGUUUAAGUUGUUACAGGGAGAGGACAACCUCACAACCUACACGUUCAACACACAUAAAGCAAAGCAUACAUUCUGUAAAACAUGUGGUGUGCAAUGUUUUUACACACCAAGGUCAAAUCCUGAUGGCUAUGGUGUAACCCCACACAGUCUGGACCCUGGAACUGUCACGUCUAUACAUGUGGAGAAGUUUGAUGGGCAGAACUGGGAGUCACAUAUUGGGACAACAGAUAUACACAAACGAUCACAAGAAUAGACAUUACAUCUAUUUUACAAUAUGAAAUUCAUUUCAUAUCAGAAUGUUUUUAUUGUGGUCCGUUAUAAAAUGUGCAGCGCAUAUUUGCUGAAAUAUAAUUAUAUAUUUUUAACUUAACUCAACUUGUUUUUCUAUGCUACAGAUAGAUAUAUUUUGAUUUGCAAAAGUUUAUCAUUUCAAGUCUAACAAAAUACACAUUUCUUAUUUUUGGUUUUUGUCCACAAGCUGCUAGAUGUUUCAUUAGGUCAUACGAGUUAAAAUCUGUAUAACGAUAAGCGUCUGCUAUAAUUGUCUGAUAACUUUUAAUCAAACUGCUUACUGCAGGUAAAUCACAUUCUCAUUCAUCAGGAUCCAAAAACGAAUCUCUGAUAUAUGGUAUUUCUUUUGUUUAUUUUCUGAGCAUGUGGUUUCAGUCAAUUAAGACUUUUCUAUUCCAUCAGUUGAACUGAAAUUUCAAGCAUCAUCUAAGCAAAAUACUUGCUAACAAUGAAUUAAGAUGAUGCCUGAUGCCUCGUUCCUGCUCCGGCAGCUAGUCUAGAAAAUACUAUUUAUUAGCACAAACUAGAAUUCGUGCCGUGAGACAUCGUAUUCAUGAAUUCACACACUGGCGCUAUGGGCACUUCUAUUGAAUUCGAACGGAAAUUGCAGAGGUUUACCGAUUUUGGGGAUUAUAUUUAAGAUGAUAUUUAAGAGUUUACAGUAAAUACAUUAAGCUCUUUUGUUAUGUUAAUCCCUAUAGCCCUUUAUUGUUAAACAAGAGCUGUCUGUUGACAGCGGGCUCGACUAUUCGAAGCAUUGAUAGAAGUAUAGGGUCAAAAUAUUACCCGAGAUUUUCAGACAAAAGAAAAGGAACAGAUAAGACAAUGUACCUGCAUUUGUGGAUUUGGAUAAGUCUUGCACUAUACGGCAAUGUGUGACCAUGUUGGUAAGCAAGUGUUCAAAGUUUCAAAGUCAUAUAGCAAACAGUUAAUAGACAAUAUAUCGAAUGGUAUGUGAAACCUAGUAACUAAUUUCUGUGUCCAAACAAGGGCCAUAACUGAGCUAAAGUCCUUGUCCUAGGUUAAGUAGACUAUGAGAUAAACAAGUGGUCAAAGUUUCAAAGCCAUAUGACAAACAGAUUAGGCAAAAUACAGACAGGUACAAAAAACUAAUCUGAUUUACAAGUCCAAAAAGGGCCAAAAUUUAGCCAAAAUAGUUGACAGAGUUAUACUCUUGCCUACAGAUGGGAAUCAUGAUGGUAAACAAGUGUUAAAAGUUUCAAAGCCACAUGUCAAAUAGCUUUGACAAAACGUUGACUUGUAUGAAAACUGAACCAAUUUCCAAGUCCAAAAAGGGCCAUAAUUCAGCCAAAAUAGUUGACAGAGUUGUGUACUCUUGCCUACAGAUGGAAAUUAUAAUGAUAAACAAGUGUUCAAACUUUCAAAGCCACAUGUCAAAUAGUUUUGACAAAACAUGGACUUGUACGAAAACUGAACCCAUUUCCAAGUCAAAAAAGGGCCAUAAUUUAGCCAAAAUAGUUGACACAGUUAUGUACUCUUGCCUACAAAUAUAAAUCAUGAUGAUAAACAAGUGUUCAAACUUUCAAAGCCACAAGUCAAAAUAGUUUUGACAAAACAUGGACUUGUACAAAAAUUGUACCAAUUUCCAAGUCCAGUAAGGGCCAUAAUUCAGCCAAAAUAGUUGACAGAGUUAUGUACUCUUGCCUACUGAUAGAGACUGUUAUAAUAAACAAGUGAUAAAAGUUUCAAAGCCAUAUAUCAAACACUUUACACAAAAUGUGAACUGGUACGAAAAACUUAACCAAGAUUUCUAUGUUAAAGGGGCCAUAAUUCAGCCAAAAUCCUUGAUGGAGCUAUGUACUCUUGCCGAAAACUGGACAUGGUGAUGGUAAACAAGUGUUGAAAGUUUCAAAGCUUUGUCUUGAAAGACUUUGUCAAAAAGUGGACUGGUACGAAAAACUUAAACUAGGUGUGAUGUCGACGCCGACACCGUGGCGAGUAGGAUAGCUCUACUUAUUCUUCGAAUAGUCAAGCUAAAAAGCGACUGAACACUGAGAAGUUCUCAUGGUAUGGUACAGCGCUGAAGUUCAGAGACAAAUCGCAAGUGGCACUAGCAUUGAGCAAGUUAAACUGGUUUUAAGACUUUCUGCAUGGAAGUCCGUACAUGCUCAGUGGCUGGUUGACGCACGUAAUAGCAUUGGGUCGGACAGUGUUAUGAAUGGCUGGAAGCAGUCUGGAUUAAAGGCUGCUAUUGACAGUGUUAGGGAUUGAACCAGUACAUGCACUGUUCUUGACAAGCAACGGAAAACUGUGAAUUGUCAUUUUUGUUCUGAAACUAAAUUUGUUGUUUUCAAUACAUGUAAUUUAUCGUAAAAUGAAAAUCCUUUGAAUGUGUUUGUGUGGUAUCAACAAUAUUUCAUUGUACAGUUGUGAUUUGCAUUUAAUAAACGUAAUUGUUCCCUU